AUGCUCCGAAGUACUUCUAUAGCAUGUCCACUAAAUCCUCAGUUCGCCCACCUCAUCAGUUUGCAAGCAGUCAUCACCACCUCCCCUCACGACAGCAGCAACACUCCACCGCCCAGGCCAGCGACCGAUCCCAUGGAGCAACUUCAGGCGGACAAGAUGCAGCAAGCCGGCGGCAAAGCCAGCGCCGUGCCGGAGCGGCGCGACGAGCACCAGGAGCCUUCUUCCCUGAACCCAACGGCUGCGCGGCUGGUCCGGGAGUCCAUCGUCUCCAAGCAGCCAGCGGAGGGCGAUCAGAAGCAGGCGGCGGAUGACUCGUCGGACAUCCUCGCCUUCGCGCGCUCCGUCAACCGGGUGGACUCCAGCCUCGAGUGACCUUUUUUUUAGUAGCUCUUUGUUUAGUUCGUGCUUACCGAAGCUCGCUUGCUAGUGUGCCGUAAUAAAAUGCUUUACAGUUCC